AUGGAGCCAGACAUCCAUCCUUUGGUGACGGGCACUUCUCAGGAAUGGGCAAGGCAUCCCGAGCUCAGACGCUGCAGAGAGCAAAACAGCACAUCAACAUCGUAGGGAACCAGCUACAGAUGAACCAGCACCAUAUGGACACAGCUUUGAACUUCUACAAGAUGGCGCUCAUCAAACACCUGACCCGUGGCCGCAAAGCCUCCCAUGUCAUCGCCGCCUGCAUCUACAUGGUCUGCAGAACCGAGGGAACGCCGCACAUGCUCUUGGAUCUCAGUGAUAUUCUGCAGGUGAACGUCUAUGUGUUGGGAAGAACGUUUCUUGUUCUGGCCAGAGAACUUUGCAUCAACGCUCCUGCUAUAGACCCGUGCCUUUAUAUUCCCCGUUUUGCCCAAAUGCUGGAAUUUGGCGAUAAGACCCGCGAGGUCUCCAUGACGGCGCUGCGUCUGGUGCAGAGGAUGAAGAGGGACUGGAUGCACACGGGGCGAAGGCCGUCGGGACUCUGUGGAGCAGCUCUUCUUGUAGCUGCUCGUCUACAUGACUUUCGGCGCACUGUCAAAGAAAUAGUCAACAUUGUCAAAGUGUGCGAAUCCACGCUGAGGAAAAGACUGACUGAGUUUGAGGACACGCCGACCAGCCAGCUCACCAUCGAGGAGUUCAUGAAGGUGGAUCUGGACCAAGAGUGUGACCCGCCCUGCUACACAGCCGGACUAAAGAAGAAGAAAACCCAGCAGCUGGAGAUUGAGGUCAAGAAAAAAAUGGAUGACGUUGAAGGUGAAAUUGAGGAAUACCAGGAAGAAAUAGACGCAGAGCUCGAGAGCAGCAGACCCAAACUGAGAGGAGUGUACGCUGCCUAUGCUAAGGGAGAUUUGGAAAAUGAUGACGAAAACGACCUUCUCUCCAUUUCAUCGAAGCUGGAGGACGACGAGGAACCAGAAGACGAAGAUGAGCUUCGAGCUGUGGCCAAGCACUUUGGCAAAGACCUUAACGAGCUCACACUGGAGGCUCUGAUAAAACUGGAGCAGAAGAGACCAGAAGACGAGGAGGGGGACCAGGAGCAAGAGGAUGACGGGGACUUCCCACAGCGAAAAGCCCCAUCGCUGGCGUUCCUCCUGGGAUCGAUGCCCUCAUCAGCCACACUGGGCCUCUCAGAGUCCAUCAGCAGCUGUGUCACAGACGAGAAGGAGAACAAUGGUGCUGCUGACAGCGGGGAGCUCGACUUGAGUGGGAUAAAUGACAGUGAGAUAGAGCUGUAUCUGCUGAGUGACAAAGAAGUCAAAAUCAAGACGGCACUCUGGAUGGCAGAAAACUCCACCUACCUCAAAGAGCAGAAAGAGAAGGAAGCCAAGAUAGCGAAGGAGAAGGCGCUCGGGAUCUACAAAGAGAGAAAGCCAAGGGGCCCCAAUAGGAAACAUCCCCCGAUCCGAGCUAACACGGCUGACGAGGCCAUUGAAAAGAUGCUGGAGCAGAAGAGGAUCUCCUCCAAGAUCAACUACGACGUCCUUAAGGACCUCAACAUCAAGCCCUGUGCCAGCCCAGCUCGCAAGGCUGAGUCCCCAAAGAAGGAGAGGCCAGCCGCCAAGCUGGCCGGACGCAACCGAAGACCCGCCCAAACUCCGCUCAGCCUCAGCACGCCACUCAGUACUCUGGGAAAAAGGCUACAGCCAUUCAUCAGCGGACAGCCCAACAAAAAGCUGGCCACGGAGCAGAUCGGCAGCUCCAACCCCCUGCCGCUGCCCGUUGAAGCCCCUGCCAGCGGGGUGGUGGUGGAGAGCGGGCCAGUUGUGUAUGACGACGUCCCCGCUGAUGAGGAAGAAGAUGAGGAGGACGAGACUUGUGUCAGUGCCUUGGAGAUGCUGGGCAGCAACGAUUACGGCUGUGACGGAGAUUACGACGAUGGAUUCUAGCGGCAGCCCCUCUCGGUUGCUAUCCUCGACUAGUGUGGACAGUUUUGAAUUCCCAAAAGAAUCUAAUGUUUACUACGGGACACUAAGUGGCUGCAGCUACAGAUGGUGGAAGCUGUAAUGGCGAGCAGAAUGGGAAAUUUACCAUCAGGAAUAAAUGUGUGCGAAUAAAUAAUAAUUAAGCUCCUCAUUCCAUUUGGUGUCCCAGCUGGACUGAUCUGGGAGGACAUACUUACUGGAUGCUACCAGAGAUGUUUAGGCGGAAGUGAGUGGUGCAUAUGUAUUUAUCAGUGCAGGACACUGGCAGACUUUAGUGCUCACACUGCACAAUCAAGGGUUGUGCUUCCAGUAAGAACUGGCUUAGAUAUUUGGGCUAAAGCAGAGGACCUGCAGCAACUUGUUAAUGAAUCAAAUGAAUCUCAAACUAUUGAAAAGUCAAAAGCGUCUUCUGGAUUGUAAGCUGGUAGACACUUGCCAGCACUUGCGUGUUUGUUUUGCCUGACAGUAAAACUGGACAUCCUUGACUUCAGUCGACAUAUUUGGUUCCGCUGAUAGAACCGUGAACAGAUUCGUGGAUACAUUAACUGCAGUAGAAGGACAGCUAGUCUACGCGUGAAUACAUUGUAAAGACCAGUCAGAGCAUUAAACCACUAACUUCCAGGCCUACCAAAACAACUCUACCUGUCAGGAUAUGGGCAUCAAACCUCAGAGUUCAUCUUGAGGUGUUUGGUGGUAACUUUAAAUGCUGCUGGAACAACAGUCGUGAAUGUAGACCUAUUAUAAAAAGUUGUAAUUACUUUACCUAAACUGAGCCCAGUUUGAAAAGUGCGUUUGUCCUGACCUGCAAAUACCAAAGCAGCAGUGAUGUCGAAUGGACGAAUGUUCACAAAUGAGUCCCUCAGAUGUUAUAACACAGCAAAAUAAAUGGAUCACUGCAUAACCUAGUCUGCUUAAAUCUACACUUUGAAUUCUUAACGCUUGACUGCGCGUCACUUCCUCUCAACUAUAGCAUCCUUGGAAAAACAAGCAGGUAGCGUGAGAUCAAUCAUCAGUAUUUGCCAAGCUAACAUCAGUUUUCUGAAUGCCUUAUCAGACAGACGCGUGCUGUCUGCUUAAACCCAGUAUUACAUACACGUUGCCUUCGAUAUGUUUGAGCUAGGUUAUGGGUUAUGUGCGAGUAAGGACAUAGUAAGGAUUUAAUUUAAAAUCGAGUUGGUUAAAGGAAUAAAAUAUUUGGAUUUGUUUUGAUUUUGCUGUCGAUUUGGUUUGAACUUGUCCUAAUUAUUUAUUGAUUUAUUUGGUUAUCUAUAAUUAACGCUCGAGAUAGUAUCAUCUGAUUUACCUUGUAUUCCUUAUAGUGACCUGUUGCAGGCUACAGAGGUAUUUCUGCAAGAUUUUGUUUUCCAAAUGAAUAAGGAAGUUCAGCCAGAGUGAUGUCUAUAGUUUUGUUUAAAUGAAUUUUGUGUUGAAAUGAGGAGUGAAGCAGACUGUGGCCUUUUCACUGUAUCCACAUAACAGUAUUUAAUGAUGUAUCUUGGUUCACCCUGACUGAUUGCUGCUGCUGCUAAGUCUUCAUGUUACAUCUGCCUAAUGUUGUGUACCUUUACUGCUACAGUAAAAAUGCACUAAAUGGAUACAAAAAUGUUUUUGGGGUUUUUUUGUCUGGUUUUUGAGAAAUGUCAAGUGACGAUGUAAAUGCUUUUUCCACAUCUACUGUUUCUGUCCUGAGAUGUUCUUUGAGUCCAUUAAGUUCCCUCCAUAAUACAGUCAUUAUUUUUGUCAUUUUGCCUUUCUACACUACAAUGGAUUUGUCUUUCAGCCUUUUAAUUCAAGGACUGAACAAAAUAUUUCACUAACCACUUACAAUUAGAGCCGGUUUUCACAGGCUCAAAGGUAUCUGGACUAAUGUUUGAUGACCACCUUCAUGGAAAAAUGUGUUUGUAAUUUUGUCAUUAUUUCAUGACAAACUUAGGAAAUAAAACUCUAUGGUAUAAUCCAAAAAGUUCAGUUGAAAUUAAUAAAUGUUUGUGAGAAAAUAUGCAUACAGUAUACAUACAGUUGAGGUGAAGCAAAUGUUUUGAAUGUCCACAUAACACGGCUUACCUCAAGACGCAAAAAUCUGAUCUCCAGAAAGAGACUGCUAGAAAAUCCAUUUUAAAAGAAGCUUGUGCAAUGAUGGAACAAGGUUCUUUGGACAGAUGAAAUCAAAAUGAACUUGCACCAACAUGUAGUUGUUCAUGAUCCACAGUACACCACAUCAUCUGCCAAACAUAGCAGAAUAAGUGAGAUCCAUGUGCUUU